AAUCCUACCAAAGAACUUCACACAACGUUUUCCGUCACCAGAAAGAUGGACAAGUUUACAAUCUACAUCCUUUUAUUUGUUGCUUUUUGUGGAAAAGAUGUAGUAUGUAAAAGACGGCCUGUGAAAAAAGAUGAUGGAGGGAAAAUCGUUGGUGGUAAUGACACUACUAUACAAACAUAUCCUUACCAGGCCUAUCUGCUGCUCUUUGAUGGUCGGGACUACUACCAAUGUGGAGGUUCCAUCAUCAGUCAGUAUUACAUUGUAACCGCUGCACACUGUCUUGCAAGAAUUCAGACAAUUUAUGUUCGAAUUGGCAGUACUAAUUCCAAUAGUGGUGGUUUGGAGUAUGAAACGUCUAUAUUUAGUUCCCAUCCAUUCUACGAUGACGUCACCAGCGAUUAUGAUGUUGGUAUAGUGACAGUAGCUGAAGGUAUGAGUCUGGAUGGUACUAAUGCUAGAACCAUUGAUAUGGUCGGAUACGGCUCUGACGUCACCGAUGGCGAGACAGUGGUUGUUACUGGCUGGGGGGCGAUUAGUGAAGGUGGCCCAACCUCAGAGACAUUGAUGGUUACAUCCGUACCAGCUGUAGAAAGAACACGAUGCAACGAAAUCCUUGGAGGAGGCAUCACUACCAGAAUGUUCUGUGCUGGUUUUACUGAAGGCGGGAGGGAUACCUGUCAGGGAGAUUCCGGUGGUCCCGCGGUGACUGGCAGUUUGUUGGCCGGUGUUACAUCGUUCGGUUUUGGUUGUGCUCGCCCCAAUUCUCCCGGAGUUUACACUCGUAUUGGAAACAUAAAUGUCAGGUUUUACAUCGCAUUGAUGACUGGUAUAUAAGUUCACGAACAAGUUAAUUCUAUAUUUUCUUAUAAUGUUUUGUUUUGUUUAAUUUGUGUUCUAAGUUUUACGUAUAUCAUAGUAUUGUAAGAUAAGCCUACCGUCCCAAGUGUAGGAUAGUCCAAACAAAAA